CCCCUGAGUGACCGCACAUAGUAGCCUCCACCCCCAGUCCUCCUGAACAAGUGGAAGCUGAAAGGGGCGGGGAGUGGAGAGGUGAAAAUUACGCCUCUCAGCCUGGAGGUGCCGGGAUGAGAUAUUGGAGGUCACUCCCAGGGCCUGGAGGAAAAGAGAUGUAUGUCUGUCAGGGGAAGUUGGUGGGGGGGUCCCUUGGGAGUGGAUACCUAUUACCUACCUCCCAGGGUUUCUAGAAGGGUCGAUGCCAUAAUGUACUCAAAGUACCAAAUGGAAAGACCCUUAGAUCCACAUCAGCUCCCUCCCUCUUUGAGUCUCACCAGAAGCCUGGGAGGUCAGAAGGACAGAGAUUCUACACCCAUUUUACAGUGGUGGAUAUGAAGGCAGAGUAGUGGUUGUCAGUCUGGGCUGCAGAGUCAGGCUUCCUGGGUUCAAAUCCUAGCUCGGACGCUGACUUGCUGUGUGACCUUGGACUGGUGGCCUCACUCCUCUGGGCCUCUGUUUUCUCACUGUAAUCAGUUGUACUAGUACUUAGUCAUAGGGUCCUGGGGCAGACUACAUGAGACCAUAGAUGUACAUGGGGUUGAGCAAUGCUUGGCCUGUGGCAACACCCAGUUAAUUAUGGACAUAAUGUUAUUUAUGUUCACUGAUGCUGCAGCCCUGCAAACUGGGUUCUGCGUGAUGAUCUCAUUCAGUCCACCAUACCUAUGGGGUUAGGUAUUAAUCGUCAUUUGUUAUCAAUAAGGAGAACAGGGCUCAGAGAGGAGAUGUCAUUUAUAUAAGGUCUCACAGGGAGUCAAAGAACCAGGAUACUAUACUCAUCUGCUGGGCUCCAAGAUGCCAGGCACUGUGGGCCUCAGGGAGGAAUGAAUCAGUGGGUGAAAGCUGUUGGGCCUUCAUUGACAAAGAGGUGGGUGGGGCUGUUACCAAGAUGGGGAAGAGAGCAGAGAUCCUGAGCCAGGCGGAGGACACAGAUGACACCUCUGUCUCUUCCAAUCAGCUGUGCCAUAAGCGCUUCAGCAGCUCCAGCAACCUCAAGGCCCACCUGCACCUGCACUCAGGGGCCCGGCCCUUCCAGUGCAGCGUCUGCUCAAGUCGCUUCAACCAGCACAUUCCCCUGAAGCUGCACCACCAGCUGCACGCCCCUCAGCCCUGCAGCCUCACUCACUCCCACCUGCCCCUGGCCUCCCUCACCUGCCUAGCCUGCUGGCCAAGGGGGGCACUAGAUCUUGUGGGGGAGCCAUCAGAGAGAAAGGUGGGUUGGGACAUGGACAAGGAGAAGGACAAGGACAAGGACAAGGACAAGGACAAGGACAAGGACAAGGAGUCCUCCUCACCCCAGAGAAAGCAAGGACAGGCAGCCUGAACGGUGGUGCCAGGACCGCUCUGGGGAGAGGGCAGGGGUGAGCAAUUAAAGGAUUUUCUCUAUGAAGAGUCAAGGCCUCCUGAGCUUCAACAGUGGAGGGGGAAGCCAGUGUGUAUUUGCCAAACCUCAUGCGCCACCUGAGAGCAGGUCAAGGGACACAGCCGAGAAGAUCUUCUGUUGGCCGUGCAUGGGGUGGGUGCCUGUGGUCAGCUAAGUCAAGGCUGGAUUUGGGUUCCACUGCCUGUCUGGGGCCUGCCUGGGACAGGCUCAUCAAUGGCAAGUCCAGCUCUCCAGGACUAUGCAAAGUGCGAACUGUGCUGCCAAGCACAGGCCACCGUGCCCUCUUCCAGCCACCUGUCCAGAUAUUUCUCUGUGGCUUCCCACCACCUUCUGGUCUCACAGCCACUAUUCCUACUAGACCACAGGGCCUCCUCAGCAGGCAGCCCUGCAGUGGUCAGGUAGGGGACAGGUGGGGCCUGCGCCUCCCUCUGCACAUGCCAGGAGCUGAGCCCCCUGCAGGGCUGGAGAGGAAGGAGACACAAGAAUGCUAGUGUCCACUCAUGACGCAGAAGCAUAUCAUCACCCUGUGUGCCAGGACCAGUCACCACACGGGGCAAAGGGCAAGGUGGUGCAGAGCUCAGGGAAGGGGCGGAGGCCCUAGAGGGACUAGACAGGGAAGACGUGGCCAGGAGAGCUGGGGAAUUGGGAUCCUCCUGAUCGUCUUGCUCUCUGAAGUCCCAGAGGAGCCCCUCAAUGUGCCAGACGUUCUCCACUCCUCCCGCCCCACUUAUGAGUCAGAGAAGCGGCAUUAGGUGGGAAAGGGCAUUGCCUGGGAGGCAAGAGGCCCAGGUUAUAAUCCUGGCUGCUGCCUUGCUGUCUAACCCUUUUCUUCUCAGGGUCUCAGUUUCUUCAUCUGUAAAAUGGGGGCAUUGGACUAAAUGCUGUCUUCCAGGUCUACUGUUCUAUGAAGACUUCUCCUAUUCAGGAUGUUCUCAUAUAUCUCCAAAGAAUGAAGAGCACAGCUGGUGCGAGGACAAUCGACUUCCCUAGUGUGGACAGGGUCUCCAGGCCACAAAACUGCCAAAUAUGAAGGAGGUCCCUCUUGGUCACUUAUCCUGAUUAUCUUCCCAUUUCCAGUCCCACAGUAGGGUUAGGCCCACUCAGUUGUACAGGCCAAGCCCAUUCCCGCCUCUGACCACUGGCCCGCCCCUGAUUUCUAGCCCCUCCUUCUCGGAAGGAGCCCCUUCGGCGGCAACCCCACCUGUCCCAGGCCCUUCUUUCUCCUCCUCACCUCGCGCAGGUCUUGUCUGGGGCUGCUUGCACCCCGCUGGCCUCUGGCACCUGCAGAAGCCUGAAGUAGCGCGGACUGGGCCCAGAACAGGGGCUUUAGCGGACGUGGGUACAGGGGCACAUCUCGGGGCCUCCCUCUGGGGUGGAGGGCUGCCCCUUGCAGAGCGCACCCCCGGCCCUGGGCACCGGCAGCAGCUGGGUCGGGCGCCAGCCCGCACGGGCCGCAGGCGGGGCCGCUGUUUGCUCAGGAGGACGGGCCGGAGGAGGCGUUUCUCCGCAAACACUACGGAUCCGGGUGGCCCCCGAGGUCCGGAGCGCUCAGAUGCCCUGACAGCCCGGGCAGUGCUCGCGCCAUGGC